UACGCACACCAACACGAUAUAUACACACACAUCUAUAUAUAUACCCUUACAUUACGUAUCAACCGCCCGCAAUAUCCAAAUCCCACACACAAAUUAAAAAAGGAAAAAAAAAAAUGUCGAAAAAUCCUUCAUCAAACGAAGCCGAACAAGUCUUCAAAAAAUUCGACGCGAACGGCGACGGAAAAAUCUCAAUAACCGAACUAAGAUCAAUCCUGAAUGCACUUGGAACCGUGACGUCAGAAGAAGAACUAAAAAUCGUAAUGGAAGAGAUCGAUAAAGACGGAGACGGUUAUAUCGAUUUGAACGAGUUUAUUCAGUUUCAGCGUGGAGGAUGCGCUUUAGGCGGAGAUCACGCCGUGGAUGAUGAGAAGGAGUUGCGUGAAGCGUUCGAUUUAUACGAUCAGAAUAAAAAUGGUAAAAUAUCGGCUAAUGAGUUGCAUUCGGUUUUAAAAAGUUUAGGUGAAAAGUCUACGCUCAAGGAAUGUAAGCAGAUGAUUGCUUCUGUUGAUGUGGAUGGUGAUGGUAGUGUUAACUUUGAGGAGUUUAAGAAGAUGAUGAAUAAGUGAUUUAAUUUGUAUAUAUAUUUACCUAAUCGUUGCUAAAAUUAGGAUUAGGUUUUUUUAAUUUUAAAAAAAUAGUGGAUUAUUUGAAUAGGGAGGUGAUUCGUACACUGUGUUUUUUAGCCAUAUGUUAUCAAAUAUGUUUUACGGUACAACAUCUUAGAACGUAUUUGAUAGUUUACGUCUAUAAAAAGACGGUGUAAAGAUUAUAACCCAUUUGAAUAGCUCAGUAGGAUUGUUAAUGAUCAUCAGUAAGAAUUGCUGACGUCAUUGUGAUUAAUAAGUCAUGGUUUCACGCUGUAAAUCGUUUGAUAAACAUGUUUAGAUUUUCUGAUUUGGUUUGUUAAUGGAAUUAAUUAGCUUUCUGGUUGUCAAA